GUUCGAGUCAUCGAUUCUGAAGAAAUGUUUGUCUAAAGAAGGAAACGGCAAAGGAUUUCCUGAUCUGAGCGGAAACUUUGCAUAUUUUGACAAUGCGUUUGACCACAAGAUGGCUAAACAAGACGGAAAGGUUGUGCCGCAUACGGGUGCCGAUCCGGAAUACGACCGAUUCGUUGAACAGGUCGAAGCCAUCACUAAAAAGUUGGACAACUAUUUGGUCGAACAGAGAAAGUUCUUUGGCUGUCAAGUGGUGUACUUCGGGAGCGGAAAGAAUAGAUACCAAUUGGAAGUACCAGAGAGUGCGAGCAAAAGGAUAACCAAAGAUAAUCACGACUAUCAAUUAGAAACUUCUCGA